AUGGCAGCUUCGCUGCUGGUAGCUGUGGCAUCAAUGGUGAAUGGGCAAGCUCUGGUGCCGGCGUUGGUCGUCUUCGGGGACUCGGCGGUAGACGUGGGGAACAACAACCACAUCCUCACUCUUGUCAAGUCCAAUUUCCCCCCUUACGGACGCGACUUCCCCCGCCGUAUCCCCACCGGGCGCUUCUGCAACGGCAAGCUCGCCGUGGACUUCACCGGUGAGACGCUAGGCUUCUGCAACGUCACUCCCUUCUCGACCACAUUCCAUCUCUUUCUCUCUCUACCCUAUUGCAGAUACAUUAUCUAUGAAUCAUUCCCGUCCAGCUGAGACGCUAGGAUUCGAGGUCUACCCACCUGCCUACCUGGGGGAAAACGCCAGAGGAAAGAACCUCCUGAUUGGAGCAAACUUCGCCUCCGCCUCGUCCGGGUACCUUGAGAGCACCGCACUUCUCUACGUACGUUUUCGUCAUUUACUCUCUGCUUUCUCACUGGCGUGGCCAUCUUCCUCCCUGCCUUCAUCUUCUUCUCUGCUCUAAACUAAUUACACAAGUACGUACGCCUUCAUUCCCCCACCUUGUCAGUAUGCGAUUGAUGAAUAUAGUCUACAGUAUAUUCCCCGCAGCAGAAACCCCGCUGUUGCAAUGGCCCACUCGCGGCAGGCUUCAUGUGGUCAGCCUCUACUGGUUCAUCUCGCUUCUUCCAUCAUUUACUGCCAAUCGACGGUGACAUAGGAGCCGAAAGUAACAGGCAAGGAGCAGUCACGCCGCACUGACUCUAAAUCUACGAGACGAUUAUUCAUAAACGAACGAAUCGGAUGAUCAGUCUCCGUUUACUCACUGUUCAGUCAGGUUUUUAGAAAGUAUAUGGUUCUUGAGUCACCGUUUCACUGACCGGAGUAUCGUUGUCUGUCUUAGAUUUCCGACCUACCAUGGCAACCCGUGACGCGGGACAAUGUUUGGCUACUUUCUGACCUCCUGAGAUGAGAGACAAAGUGGGCCUCCCUGCUGGGGGCCCCGCGGUUAUUUCAUUCGUAAACACCACCGUGGAGUAUAGUUUCUACUUGUGAGCAGUACAUUCAGACGUCUACUUCCUUUCUCGGCAGCAAGGAACAACUAGCACCGCUUCAUUUUCUUGUAUACUAAAUAAGUCGUAGAAGAGAAUCCAUUAUAUUUUCCUUUGUCGAAUCAUAUAGAAGAUAAGGGGGAUAACUGUCAGGGAGAAUGUUCGUUAUCUUGUGGAAAGAGUUAGUAGUUCUACACUAGUACGUCGUAUUACCUAAUUUUUCAGAUGUUAGAGUGCAAAACAACGCCACAAAUACGCAGUGAAUUGCACGGAGAUGUUCUUCUUCACUGAUGUGAGAAAGAUUGAAUUUAUGUUGUUGACUGUAUGGCUUUGCUUGCAGCAUACGGUCUCCCUGAAUCAGCAGUUGUCAUACUACAAGGAAUACCAGCAGAAGGUGAGGAGGAUAACCAGGAACAAGACCAGAUCCGACGCUAUUUUCUCAGAGGGCAUCCACCUAUUGAGCACUGGCAGCAGCGACUUCCUCCAGAACUAUUACAUCAAUCCCCUUUACAAAGUUCUUCACACACCCGCUCAGUUUGCCGACUCCCUCGUCGAUUCCUUCACCUCCUUCGUUCAGGUUCUCUCUUCUCCCUUUGUCCACUCCCAAAUAUCGUCAAACGUGCAAGUCUCUCCUCUUUUCUCCCCUUGAAGAAAAACCGUUUCAAUAUAUUUUGUUGGUCGUCGUCCAUUAGUUUUGUGUUAGAUUUCCCUUUCAGUUUGCUCCGAUUCUUCAACAGGAACUCCACAGUUUGGGAGCGCGGAGAAUCGGGGUCGCCUCGCUUCCACCCUUGGGUUGCCUUCCGGCUUCCAUCACGCUGUAUGCUCCCAGCGGAAGCAGCGACUGCGUGGAACGCUUCAAUCACGACGCCAUCCUCUUCAACAAGAAGCUGGAAACGGCCGCCAGGACACUGAGGAGGAAGCUUUCUGGACUUAAGCUUGUGGUCUUCGACAUCUACAAGCCUGUAUUGGACCUCAUCAGAAACCCUUCCGGAAAUGGUACGUGAGUCCACGACGUAAAGGGAUUCAUUUCAUGUUUUCCCGCUGUCUUGGAAAUCUAUAAAAAGAUCAUCUAAGCAAGAGGGACGAAAGGAGAGAAACCCUUCUAUUUUUACGGAAGAUAGAUGGUCUUCCCGUGUUUGUGAGUGGAAGAAACCGUGAACAAGCACGGGAUAAGGAGGAGAACUGAUCAUCGACGUGCGGUGUUGUUUUCUGCAGGGUUUUACGAGUCAAGGAGAGGAUGCUGUGGGACAGGCACCGUAGAGACAUCCCUUCUCUGCAACUCCAGGUCUCCUGGGACGUGCAGGAAUGCCACAGGCUACGUAUUCUGGGACAGCGUUCACCCCUCCGAGGCCACCAACAGGGUCCUGGCCGACGCCCUCAUAACGCAGGGAAUCGACCUCAUCACUUAA